GUGACACACACACAUACUAUUAACCUUAAAACAUGAGGUGAAUUCAUCGUCAAUUCUUACUACUUAUAAAUGUUUUUAUCAGUAGUAUAAAUUUGAAGACAAAAUUUAUUAUUCCUUGUAACAGAUUAAUAAUAUUUACACAAGCAUAAUUAUUUUAAAUUGUAUUCAAACACUUAACACUUGAUAAUAAUGAAUAAAAAUGCAGAUAAUUAUCAUUAUGGAUAUGAACAAGAAAAGGAUCAAGUGGAAACAAUCACGAAUAAGUUAAACGUUCUAUCGAAACAUGAAAGAUUAUCUUCUUCUCUACCAGUUCAACCAUCAUUAAAUGAUCAUUGUCAUGAAUAUUCGACAGUUAGUUCAAAUAUAGAUAAAAGUGCUAGAAAGAAACUAAUCCUUGCUAGUGGUCUAUGUUUAUUUUUUAUGACAGGUGAAAUAAUCGGUGGUGCAUUGGCCCAUAGUUUGGCUAUUAUGACAGAUGCUGCUCAUUUAUUAACGGAUUUUGCUAGUUUCUUAAUCAGUUUAUUAGCAUUAUUUCUUGCUUCAAGACCAUCAACAAAGAGGAUGAGUUUUGGGUGGCAUCGUGCUGAGGUUGUCGGUGCAUUAGCUUCUGUUCUAUUAAUUUGGCUUGUUACUGGUAUAUUAGUAUAUUUGGCUAUUAUACGUAUUAUACAUAAUAAUUAUGAAAUAAAUGGUAAAAUUAUGCUUAUUACAUCAGCUACUGGAGUUGGAGUCAAUAUAAUUAUGUUAUUCACAUUACAUAAUCAUGGUCAUAAUCAUACAUCAUUCAAUGAACAUUUAAAUGAAUUACCUAAACCAACAAUAACUACUAUCAGUAAUCAUAAUCAUGAUCAUAGUCAUAAGUAUGAUAUCAAUAAUGAAAUAUAUAAAGAAUUGAAUCGUCCUAAUAUAACUGUACGUUCAGCUUAUAUACAUGUGAUUGGUGAUUUAUUACAAAGUAUUGGAGUAAUGAUUACAGCAAUGGUUAUAUAUUUUCAACCAAAGUAUAAAAUUAUCGAUCCAUUAUGUACAUUUCUCUUCUCAAUAUUAGUACUUAUUACUACACUUAAUAUAUUACGUGAUGCAUUAAAUGUAUUAAUGGAGGCUACACCACGUGGAUUGAACUUUAAUGAAGUGAAAAGCUCAUUAAUGGAUAUACCUGGAGUACGAGAAAUACAUAAUUUACAUAUGUGGAGUUUAACUACUAAUAAAACAGCUGUCUCUGUACAUUUAGCAAUUGAAAAUGAUUCAAAUACUCAAGACAUAUUAAAACAAGCAAAUCAUUUAUUAAAACAACGUUAUUUAGCUCAUGAUGUUACUAUACAAUUAGAAUUAUAUGUUGAAGAAAUGGCUAAUUGUUAUCAAUGUAAAGAACCAUUAAAAUAACACAACUAUUCCCAGUUAUACAUCUAUAUAUAUAUACCCUUAUAUUCUGAUUUAUUUGAGUCUAAUCAAUCUUUAUAUUCAGUAGUAUAAUCUUAUUACUUAUUUACUUACUUACACCUAUUACCCCUUGUCGAGGAACAUAGGUCACUAACUAGCAUUCUCCAUCUAAUCCUAUCCUAGGCAAUCCUUUCCACUUCUUUAGAGUUAACAUUCAUCCUUUUCAUAUCUACUUCUAUUUCAUGGCGUAAUGUGUUCUUUGGUCUCCCUAUUUUCCACUUCCUUUCUGGAUUCUAAGUUAAGGCUUACUUCAUGAUACAGUUUGAUGAGUUCCUUAAUGUAUGUCCUAUCUUAUCAUUUCAAAUACUUUGUAUGAAGUAUAUAUAUUACAGUUGUUUAACUAUGACUAUUAGAUGAAACAUUUAAACAACAACAACAACAUAACCAAAGAUUUUAAAAUGAACGACAGCAGUUCAUAGAUUUUUUCUAUGGAACCUCAUAAUGAAUUCAGUGAGUUUCAAAGAGCUUCCUAAAGCUACCAUUAUUAGUAUUUGAAGUUAUGAAUUCAUUUGUGCUUCAUCUAAACAAGUAAAGAAUUGACCUUUAUUUAAAAUCAUCUUCUUGAAGAUUGAAUAACCUUCAUUCUUGUGCUGUGUCAAUCAAACUGUUUUAAAUCAAGUUUAAUGAUAAACUACUGAUUUAUCAUUAUAGACUACUUAUUUAUUUCAUCUAUAAUGUGUUAUAUCUCUAUCCUUAUAUGAAGAAUUAAUGAAUAUUGUGCAUUUAUUAUAACUAUGUUGCUACUACAUUGAUAAUGUAAUGUUUCCAAUUAUUAUAUUAUCAGGUUAUUUAAGGUUAUAUUCUAUAAAUUAUUAAAUAUAAAGAAAUUUCAUGAGA